AUGCCCAGACCAAUAGACGCUCCUGGGAGAGACCGCCGAAGUUUUAACGAACGUGAUUUUGAGCGUCAUCGAGAUCACAGUCGGCACAGCACUCCAGGAGGCUACCAGAAGGUCAAUUAUAGAGAAGUCUAUGGAAAAAGUAACGGAGAUUACCGUAAACAUAAUGGCAAGCACCAUGAUGAACAUAGACGAAGUUUUAACGAGAAAGACAAAGAGAGAAAGCAUAAGGACAAGGAAAUUCGAAAAAAUGUUGAGGUAGGCGACGUUGUUUUCGGAUUUUAGGUAUGAAGUUGAUGAUCAAAUUUGACAAAAUUAGUGUUAAAAGAUGCGCAUGGUUUUGCACAAGUUUUUAAAAUUAACUACAAGGUUUUGAGAAUUGACCUUACGUUAGUAAUUUAUUGAUUUUAUACAGAAGGUCGUAAGCUAUCUAAAAUAAUAUAAGUUUUGACCGAAACCUUAACUUUCUUUAAAUCUACACGAAAGUACAUACCAAAACUAAAUGGAUGAGCAUUUUUCAGCCUUUAAUAGUUGAUGAAAUGGCAGAUAUCAUAGAGAAGAAGAUAAAAAAGGAGGAUUUUAUUAUUUUUGUCAGUGAGACCGGAUCAGGAAAAAGUACCAAAAUACCACAAAUCGUGAUAGACCGAGUGUUUAAAGGUGAUGAUCGUGCUUCAGUAGUUGUAACACAACCUCGACGUGUGGCUGCAUUAAAUUUGGCACGACGUGUGGCUUAUGAACGGCGAUGCAAAGUCGGAGAAGAGGUGGGUUGUGGGUAAUAUUGGCUUGUUUUUUUUUAUGUUUUGAAACAGUAAAAAAUAUGUUGUAAAAUACGUAAUGGUUACCGAUACAUGAAAAAAAAAUGUUUUAGGUUGGUUACAAAUUCCGAUUCGAAGACGAAACAUCGAAAGAAACCAAGAUCAAGUACGUUACUGAUGGUAUUCUUCUAAAAGAGUUGGUAUACGAUCGACAACUGAAAGAUUACAAGUGUAUCAUUAUCGAUGAAGUACAUGAACGCAGUGUAGAUACGGAUAUACUUUUACUACAGUUGAAGAAGCUUGCAGCGGAAAAGAGACACAAGAUUAUAUUGAUGUCAGCUUACACUGAUGUAGAAGCUUUGAAGGCGUAUUUUGAUGGUGUAGAAGCUUAUUAUAUACCCGGGAGGUCUUUUGAUAUUGAGGUAAGAUGUUAUUUCCUAUGAUUUUUUAUGAUUUAGAAGGAUUUGAGAGGUUGAGGUUGAGCCGUGAUGCUUUUAUAUUAUAGUAGGUAUCGAUUUGAAAGCACUUUGGAUUUUUUCAUUUUUCUGGUGGUUAACUAAGCUAAAUGGCUUGUUGAUGAUAUUUAAGGUAUAUUUUAGACCAAUCUCUUUAAUUUCAGACAUUUUUCAUACCAGAUCCGGUUGACGAUUACCUAGACUUGUCUCUUCGAACAGUCCAUCAACUUCACCAAACAGAGCCAACCUCCAGCGCCUUUCUAGUCUUUCUUACCGGUCAAGAAGAGAUUCAAACGGUUGUGAAAACGCUACGAAAUGCAUUACAAGACGCAGAUGUAUUUGCCUUUUACGCAGCCUUGGGGCAUGACAGGCCAAAAUUGUUCGAAAUUUCAAAAGAUCGACGGAAAAUCGUUGUCGCCACGAAUAUAGCAGAGACUUCGAUCACAAUUCCAGAUGUUAAAGUGGUUGUGGAUUCGGGAAAAGUGAAACAGAAGUUAGUUUUUUGAUUUGGAGAGGUUGGCGGGGGUUUUUUUGGGGUUGUACGAUAUUGUAGUAGGUAUCAGACGACCAAGUUUUGAAAAAAGGUUGUUUUUGAUCUUUAUUGACGUUUUUCAUUUCUAGAUGGACAACAAACUCCCUUCGAAUGGACCAGUUAAUCAUAAACAACAUAUCCAAAGCCCAGGCAAUCCAACGUGCUGGCCGUGCCGGACGUACUGGCCCAGGCAAAUGUUAUCGCUUAUACACACAAGAUCAGUACGAUAAGUUCACGGAUCAAACAGUACCAGAAAUUGAACGGUGUAACCUGAGUGAAGUGGCGUUGAUGUUGUUGGAUAUGAGGCAUCCAAAGCUGUCCAAAGUCGAUCUUCUGAAUAACCCACCGACCAAGGCAUGGGAAGACGCUUUGUUCGAACUUUAUGCUUUAGGCUUGAUUCAGAUCUUUGAAGGCGUGAAUAAAAUUGAUAAAGGAGCAUUUUAUUCGAUGGAUAUGAAUGAGAAGUUGGAGUAAGUUGGCUAGUUUUUUGGGGUUUUAAACGGUUUUUGGGGAUACGAAGGGGGUUUUGGUAAGAAAAGUUGAUGUUAAUGAGUGAUAACUGUCUUUUGAGUUAAGAAUGUGUCGUUGUAUCUUAAAUGAAGGUAAUAUAGUGUAUGAUGCGUAGUAUACUACAAGGAUUUGUUGCUACGUUACCUACAUUUUGAGAAAUGAUCAAAAAAUGGCAUUAACCAUGAAUAAUAUAGGGUUAGGGUAAGGUAAAUUGGCUAUAACUGAUUUCUAAGCUAAUGAUACUGCAAGAUUUUUUAACUAUAUGUUUAGUAGAGUAUUAUGGAUAGUAUGGUACAAGGAUUCACUUUUAUGUUACCUAAUUUUUGAAAAAUCAUAAAAAGAGACAUCAUAACAAGGUUAAUAUAGGGUAGUGUAAGAUAAAUAGGUCAUAACUCAAUUUUUAUGUAAUCAACAGAGGUGAUAUGUCAUUUUAAGGUAUACUAGGGUUUUGUAAGUAUAAUACAGUAAGUUACAUUACAGUAUGGCUUCUAAUUUUUGAGUUAUGACCAAAAACAUGGCUUCAGCCCAUUAAACUCUUUUUUUAGGCAAAAAUACACCCUAACAGCCCAAGGAAACAGUGUCAGACCGAUCCCAGUAACACCCCAACUAGCCCACUUCAUCUUACAAUGUAGCCACUUUGAUAUGGCACAGUCCGGCAUCUCGAUAGCGGCGGUAUGUUCGACGGGCGAGGAGAUGUUCUUCAUGAUUCGUGAUGAUAUGGAAGAAGCUAAACGGUCAGCAAUUCAAAGCGAACGGGAAAAGUUACUGAAGGGCAGUACGUCGGACUUCAUCGCACUAUUAAAGCUGGCAAGGCAACAUCGGAAGGAGGUGGAGUCGGUUUGGGUAAGGGUGGUUUUGGAGGUUUGGGGGUGGUUAUAAUGUGAAAGUUGGGAGAAAAGUGGAUUUUGUUACCUAAAUUAAAAGAAAAUGGGAUUUUGAUACCUAAAAUUAACAGAAAAUGAAAUUUUGAUACCUAAAGUUAUAAAAAUUGGCAUUUUGUUACCUAAAAUACCAAAUUUGGCCGUUUUUGUUACCUAAAUUGAAAAAACUUGAAAGUUGUUACCUAAAAAUCAAUUUUUUGAUGGAUUCGACUACAAGUGUUACCUAAAAAAUCAAUAAUUAUUGAAAUUUCAGAGAAAAGUUGAGAAAGAAAACAUGCUGAAUCCACGAUUCUUCAAGGAAAUUACAAAAAUUCGGCGCCAGAUAGCAGUACAAUGUGAGAAAAAGAGUAUUUGUAAUACCAAAAAGGACAAGGAGCUUGGAUCUGACUUUGACAGAUGCUUUGAGUAAGUUAUUGUGGCUAAAAGUGGCAUAAAAGCCCUUUUUUUUGGGAGUUUUAGGUCGUUUGUCGGCCGAUUUUUGGCUGUUUUUGGGCUUUUUUUGGCCGAUUUUAGCCCAAAAAUUAAUUUUUUUGAUAUUUUUUAAAAGUUUAACAUCUUACCAUUUCCAGCAAAGCCAUAGUCGACAGCUUCUUCUUCAACACCUGCAUCCAGUCCCGAGACAAAGACAACACCUACUACCUUCUCCUAGACCCAUCAGUCAAAGUAAAAAUCCACCCAAGCUCGGUCCUGGCACGAAAAUUCCCGAAAAUGUUUGUCUUUCAUGAACUAGUAAAAACCAACGAAAACUACGCCAAAAUGAUCCACCCCAUCAACGCCGAACUCCUGGUGGAUAAACUAAAAACGGCGGAGAUACCAGGCCUAUUGGAACGCAUCAAAGGCGGCUAA